AUGUCUCUCGCAGAGGGAAACGACCAGGCCUUCGUCAAGGCUUUUAACGAACUCCCUCGUCCUCAAACCAGCCCCGAUGGCAAACCCAAUCACUGGCACAUCACCAUCCAGACCCUCCCACUCGACCCUGACGAUGACCUCGUCUUCCUCGUCCGCCCAAGCACCGGCAACAUCCACCUAGAAGGCAAGACGAAGAUAAAACCUCUUCCAAGCCCCACAACCAAGGCCAAGGUGAUCGCCCCGCUUCUUCUAGAGUCUUUCGUUGUGGGCAUGAACUCUGGUCGUCACGGUGAGCCUAUCCCGGGCGUCUCUAGGACGGCGCCGCGGAGCUGGGGCACUAGGGACAGAAAACUCGCCAAGGCAUUGGAGGAGUACAUGAAGAAGAUUGGGGUGCGGAAGGAACUUUGCACCGUGCAGGCUGGAAGCGAAGCGGAUGAGAAGCUCGCCCAGAAGAAAUGGGAUACUUGGUCAGAGGAGUUGGUGAUGGAGGCGUUCAAGCACCCGAUCGUAUUGGCGAUUAUGGCGGGACAGAGCAAGUCGCGAGACGACGAUGCAUUUGAAGAUUACAAUCGCGUUGCGAAGAUGGUGCCGGCGGCGAAGGACUUGGCCGAGUCGGUUAAUCUGAACCUGCAAUGGCCUGAUGAUGCCAGACAGGGUAUUUUCCACCCCAUUCGUCGCCUCGUCAUUACUGGAAAAGAUACAGAUGAGAACAUGAGUCUACUGUUCGGCCCUCAUUGGAGAGAAAUCGCCGGUCCUAUGCACAUUAAUGCUCGCCAGGAGGUUCUCCUGCAGCCCUCGCCAGGAUCCCCGCAGUAUGUCUUAUAUUCGCGCUGGGACAAGAAUAGGCCGUACUGGUCACCACGCCCACCCACCGAACAGGAGAGGAUACUGAUGGAUAUAUUGCGUAAUAAGAAAUGUCUCCCAGAAUUCAUCAAGCAUAAAAAGAUUAUCGUCCUCUCGUAA